AUGGAGAAAAAAAACCUAGAGGCGUUCCAGUCCAAGAGUAUUUGGGCUUUUGCUACUGCCGUAACGCAGCGUUUGCUCAAAGCAUUUCCAGAAAAAUAUUCCCCCAGAACGCCGGGAGGAAAAUUAGCACUUCAAAAAGAUAUUGCAACACUUCGGAUAGACUGCAACAACAAGAUUCCCUCUGUCGCAGACGACGAAAGGAAUAUGUUUUUGGAAAUACUUGAAAAACAAAGACAGCUGAGUGCUCUGGAAAUGAAUCGCGUUUCAGUUCAGAUUCAUUCGUCCAAUUGUAAUGAGUCAUGCAUUGGCAAGCACAAGUAUGUCGAAAGUCCAUUCAGAAGUAGUGACAGUAAAUCAAUUUGCAAUAUCGCCUAUUCGUAGCACUGUAAGACAAAAGCAGAGAAGGUCAAGGAGCAGCAGUUCCGAAUCAAGUAGUGAGGACAGUUCUGAUUCUUCGACCGAUCGAGAGAGAAAGCAACGUCAAAAGAAACGUCGCAAACUGGCGAAGAAAAAAAAGUACAGACAAGAAAAAGCGGUGCAAGAGCACAUAUAGUUGCAGCUCGGAUGGUAAAGCUGAUGCCCCAGUCGAUGGCUCUUCCCUUUGUCGAUCCUCUAAGGAACUUUCACGAGGAGACAUCACAGGAGGAAACUGUUCGUUAACUGAGUUAGCACCAAUCGCUGUAGCUAUAGACGAAUCACGUAAAACAUAUUAAAGUAAAAAAUACAGUUGCAAACGAAAACAGUUUACUGCAAAUAUAUAUGUUUGUAGUUUUAGAGCUUGUUGUUCAGUUCUAUCGAUUCGUCUUGUUUUGCAUUAUGAUUGCCACGAUUACUCUUACGUUUCACAUUAUUUCAGUUUUAUGAUACUGUAGAACACUGAUGCUUGGUUAAGUUAGUGAAUAAACACAAUCUUGCUUUUAUUUGACAUCUGUGUGUACUAAAAAGGUGUUUGUGUAUACGUUCCCACUGUCUGGUAUUUGGACCCGUUCCAAAAAAUUAUGAACUUUAUUUUUAUACUAUAAAUUUAGGACAUAAUAGCUCUCCAUUGUGUGGAAUUCGCGAGGCUUUGGACAGAAAGUAACUUAUAAAAGACAAAUCUACAAUGAUUGAAAAUGUUCUGUGAAAUAGCUGGCAUGAUUGUUUGCAAACCUUGAAUAAUCGCAAGUUCUGUGAAGUUAGUUGAAAACUGUUUGUGUUGUCUCAAAUAUGCCUUCAUCGACCUAAAACAAAACUUACAAGAAUUAAACUCAGGACUAUAAGGGGGUUGAAAAAUUAAUUCAACACCGCGAUUUCUUAGCAUAAAGCGCAACUGGUUUUCCGCGAAAACUCCGUUGUGAAAGCCGCAGUUGUCCAUCACAAUAACAUCUCCAUUUGCCAAGACUGGAUUCCCCACAUGGUCUACAGCUUGUAAACUUUCUUGGAAGAAAUGAAUCAUUUCAAAUCCAUUAGAAGGGCCUUCCAAAAUAUUAAAGUUAUCAAUACCAAAACGGCUAUGGCGAAGGUUUACAGUGUAGUUACAGUUUGAGGCGUACCGUUGGAUUUCAACUGCUGGAAGGCGUUUCUUGCUAUGUCCGUAACUCCGAUUUGGCGUUGUUUUCACGACCGAGAUUUCGUAAAAAAAAUGAACCGUAGAGGGAUCAACUCCCGACAUAUACAUAAUAUAGUUCAAAGUUUUCAGAAGAUUUUCGUGAGUUAAAGAUUCUGAUGGACGGGAAAGUUUUUUCCAUGUGAAUUGCAAGUCCUGUCUUACAAUAUCGGAUAUUGUUGAGCGAGCGGGGAGAUUAGCUGGAGUACAUAUGGCGUUGGCAAGUAAGCUUUGCUGUCUUUCAAAAGUUCAUGUGCUUGGUUUAAAAACCUUGCAAUACUCUACAAAUUCUACCAUAUUUGGAGUAGCGACUGUGCGUUCUUUCCAUCCUGGUUUUCCCGGAGCCGCCGUCCCAUUUUGCAGGAACUUUGAAAGGAUAUUGGAGACGGUUUGAUGUGAAAGAUGAAGCCUUGAACAUAUUUCUUUAUUUCGAUAGCCUGAUGACCAGAGGGAAAUUACUUUUUCCCUCUUUGAAACAGAGGUUAUGUUGCUUGCCAUCGCAGUCAACUCACAAUAUUCCAAUAUGAAAAACCGUUUCCUCAGGCAGCAAAUUGAAAUUUGAAUCGCAACUUGCUUGGAGCAAACUGCCAAUCAAAAUACCAACAUUGCGUGACAAUAUUGCAAAGCGGCGCGCAAACGAACAACCGGUUUCACUGUAAUAAUAGAUGGCACUCGUAGCACUUCUUAAUGUUUUUACAUUGUUUCUCUAACAAAAGGGAGUCGAAGAAAGAUAGGAGAGCCAAAAGAAUCUCAAUUGAUGCUGACCAUCAGUUGGAAAUUGAAUUCAAAUCAAUACUAUAUGGCAAAGACAAAUUGCAACGUAAGUCGAGGUCCAGUUAUUAUUAUUAUUAUUAUUCUUAUUAUCAUUAUUUGCCUUAGUAUGUCACAUGGGUAAUACGCAAGGGCGGAGGUGGGUGGGGAUAAGAGAAUAGGUAAUGCUUCUUCAGAUUUCAGACAUCAGGGUAUAACGUUUUUUCGCUUUCCACUGCAGUUAUAAUUUACCUGAUAGAGAUUGUAAUUUCAAGCAAAUGUCUAACAACUGUUAUUAAAGAAUUGACUGGCACUAACCCUUUCGCCAACGUCUGCCCCUUCGACAUCCACAUCAACUUGCAAUUUAACCGAGGAGGAAAAGACAAUUAAAUGAAGGUAAAUGUUUCGUUUUUGGCUUGUAGCGGUCUUUGAAGUUUCAUUGCUUCAAUUCUAGAAUGUUUUGUCUCUCUAUUAGACGAAUAUAAUAGAAACAUUUUUGUCGAUUACGUGCUUUUGUCUCUACUAUAAAAAAACCAGUGUAAAAGUUCCUUUUUGUUUUCAAAUGCUGAUAUAAGUUUGACAUUUUUUCAUUAUUCUAUAGAACUGUCCAAGAGACGAAACAGUAAAAUAGUACAUUGCAACAUGCAUCCACGUAUCAAAGUGCGCGGAAAAGUAGUUGAAUGGCCAUGGAAGAUUCGCUGCGGUUGCUGUGGCAAGAAUCUGAGGCUGCGUUAUGAUGCUGAUUUCAAUGGAAGAAUUGUUUAUUUUAAUCAGCGUAAGUUGACUUCUUUUUAUUCAAUACCAGCUGUCAUAGCUAUUAAGGGUAAAAUUAGCAACAAAAUCACCUGAAAGUUUAACAGUUUUACUUAGGGUGGACAGGAGGUCCUAGUUUAAGAAAUAGAAAAGUUACAACACAGCAGUCUCAUUUUAAAAGAAUAUUUCACAUUCUUUCUUGACCUUUAGAUAAAAGCGAACUGUUUCCUCUUUCAAAAUUUCAUUUGGCUUAACAGAAAUGAGUAAUGAAAAGAGCAGUAAAGAAUGUUGUAAAAGGUCGUCAAGGUCUAAAAGGCUCUAAUAACGCUGUGUUCACCCAUACCUCUACAGAUCAUUAUUGGAGAUGUAGUACAGCCACAGAAAGGCAUGAAGAUUAUAAGGGCAAGAAACAGGCGACCAUUGUGGAUAUGUUCCAAGGAGCAACUAAGAGAAAAGUUCAAGGAAUAAAGAAUGCCAAAAGGCAAAAGUGGACUCUGACAUUGACAGUUCUGACUGCAAAUUGGACAGAGUAAUUAUAUCAACAUUCGUGUUCAAAUAAAUCUGAAGAAUUGUCUUUACCCCUGUAACUUAUAGAGUGACACUGACACUAUGUAAACAGAUGAUUUGCGUCCAUGGAGAAAAUUACUAAAACGGUGAAACAAGACUGAUAAAAUGUUAUAAUAAGAAAUGCUAAGUUUAACAGUGUUAACGAGAACGUGUUUACACAUACCACUGAUGUUACGCAAGUCAUGGCCAGCGAUAUUUAGUGUGAGAUUUCAGUGACUCAAUUGUUACAGUUUGCAUAUGAUAUUACAAUCAAAACAACACACUAACAACAAUGAAAACAAAAACAGUCCAUUCUUGUAACUUUUUAACUCAGUUAUAUCUGAACUGACAUAUGUAUUCAAACGCAGCUGUUUGCUCUAAAUGCUAAAGGUACCAAACACUGCGUGGCUAAUGUUUUGUUUUUCACGAUUACAAUAUAUGAAUUUGUAAACAUUUCCUAGUAGAAUGCAACAUGAGUCAACAAGUGUAUGUUCCCUUUUCUCUGUAAGUGCUGAAUUUGACAAUGAUGUAUCAUUGAAAAAAUAUAUUUAAACAAGACGUACUAUUCCGACUAGGAACUAUGACUCAAGUGGAUGUGAAGAAUAUGACUCCUUCGAUGAAACAGUUGAUAGCCUCGAGGAGGAAAGUGAUCUUCAUGAUGUGGAUGAAAUAGAUGACAUGAUGUGGAUGAAAUAG